AUGGUGGUGCUGAAUUCCCAUUUCUGGAAAUUCACCUUCAAGGAUUCCUUGACAUCCCGUAUCGCCGAAUGGUUGAGACUUCUGCUAAUGAAUACAAGUUGCCCUGUAAAUGAUCAACCAUCUUGCAACUUUAUGUUGUUCGACACGUUUAGAGAGCUUGAAGGAAAAUACAUCGAUUAUCUGUCAGUUCUUGAUAGGAGGAAGGUUGUCCCAGUUGGUCCACUUGUUCAAGAAAUUGUUAAUGAAAACACGCACACACAGAUCAUGGAGUGGCUUGAUAGCAAGGAUGAGUCCUCCACUGUGUUUCCUAUGGGAGAGGAAGCUAAGAUUGAAGAGGCUUUGGCAAUGGGAUUUCUUGGCAGGGUAGGAGAGAGAGGAAUGGUUGUGGAGGGUUGGGCUCCACAGGGAAGAAUUUUAACUGAUUCAAGCACUGGUGGCUUUGUGAGUCACUGUGGAUGGAAUUCUAUAAUGGAAAGUUUAAAGUUUGGGGUUCUAAUUGUAGUCAUGCCCAUGCAUUUGGACCAGCCCAUAAAUAGUAGACUAGUGGAGGAGAUUGGUGUGUAUGUGGAGGUCAAGAGAGACAUGAAUGGCAGACUCAGUAGUGAAGAGAUAAGAAUGAGAGGAGAGGAAGACAUAGAUGAGUUGGUAGAACAGUUGUUGCAACUUUGUAAGGAUAGCAAAUUACGCAAAAAUUGGUAUAGCAAAUCUAUUGAAAUGUUUGGGUGA